CGUCGGACCGUCACCGCUAAAUGGAGCUAAUGUCAGAAGUUGACAAGAAAUGGAUGAAGGAUUGCUUGAUAAUGGCCGAAAAUGCUUUAGCUAAUGGAGAGGUGCCAGUAGGAUGUAUAAUUGUCUAUAACUCAAUGGUUGUUGGUAAAGGAUGUAAUGAAGUUAAUGAAACCAAGAAUGCUACAAGGCAUGGAGAGAUGAUAGCAAUAGAUCAAGUCCAAAAUUAUUGUGAGAUGAAUGGUUUGGAAUUUAUGAAUGUGAUAAAAGAAAGUUCCCUUUAUGUUACUGUUGAGCCUUGUAUCAUGUGUGCUUCUGCACUUAGAAGUUUGCAUAUUAAUAAAGUUGUAUAUGGUUGUGCAAAUGAAAGAUUUGGUGGUUGUGGUUCAAUACUGAACAUAGAUUCAGAUGUUUGGGAAAAUAAAUCCUGCAAUUGUGACCAAAUACAAGGUCAGCCAUUUCAGGCAAUAUCUGGAAUUUAUGCCAAAGAAGCAAUUGAUUUACUUCAAAGAUUUUACCUUCAAACCAACCCAAAUGCACCCAAUCCAAAGAUAAAAACAGGUGUUCCAAAAAUAUAAAAUGUUUGACCAUUAUUACAUUAAUAUUAUUUACAUACUUUGGGUCAAGUUCAGUGCUUGCAAGCAAACCUUUGUUGGAGAUAUAAUACUAUGUUACAAUACUGUUGCUCUGUGUUUUUUGGUAAGUUAAUGCACUUAUAGGUGUUAAAUAAAGAAGUAAAGUUUCCUUGUUUAGUUUCACAA